UCCGCGUCCCCCGGCUCUCCCCGUUUUCCCUUCUGUCUGGGAGAAUCGGGUUUUUUUUUUUAUGUCCCUUCUUAUUGCUAAUAUCGCUUUAUUAUUAUUAUUAUUUAUUAGCGCUCUUAUUUAUCGUUCCUCUUAUUUCCCUUUCCAUCUCCUCUCCCGGGACGCGCAGCCGGCCGUCCUUUCUCCUCCGGCCCCCAGCCCCUCUCUCUCCGUUCCCCGCAAUCCGAAGCGGGGCUCUCCGAGAUGAACCUCAACUUCACCUCGCCGGUUCACCCGGUCCCCGCGCCCCGACCCACCUCCUUCUUCAUCGAGGACAUCCUGCUGCACAAGCCCAAGCCCCUGCGGGAGGUUCCAGCCGAGCACUUCGCCGGCUCCUUGGCCUCCCGCGUCCCGCUCUUGGACUAUGGCUACCCCCUGAUGCCCGCCCCGACGCUGCUGGCUCCACACCCGCACCCGGCCCUGCACAAACCGGAGCACCAUCACCACCACCACCCCUACUUCCUCACCACCUCGGGAGUGCCGGUGCCGGCUCUGUUCCCGCACCACGCUCACGCCGAGCUGCCCGGCAAGCACUGCCGCCGUCGCAAAGCCCGCACCGUCUUCUCCGACUCGCAGCUCUCCGGUUUGGAGAAACGCUUCGAGAUCCAGCGUUAUCUCUCCACGCCAGAACGGGUGGAGUUGGCCACGGCGCUCAGCCUCUCCGAGACGCAGGUGAAAACCUGGUUCCAGAACCGGCGGAUGAAACACAAAAAACAGCUGCGGAAAAGCCAGGACGACCCAAAACAUGAGGAGAACGGCGAGCAAAGCUCCCCCGAGCCCGAGCUUCCUGAGCCGGCCGCAGCUGAGCCCCGAAAAGUCCCCCCCGGCUCCUUCCUGCUGCAGGACCCCGAGGACGAGGUGGACAUCCUGGAGGACGGGGAUAUCCUCGCCGCCCCGCACCGCCUUUAGGAGCUCUUAGGGCAGCGUUGCGCAUCCCUACAGCUCUCCCCCAAGCCCGCGUUCUGCCGGGGUGCCAAGGUUUGGUGUAGGUACGGAGGGAAAUAAAAUCCCCCGGGUUCCUUUCGCCCCUUUGGCUUCAUCCCAGCAUCACCCCAAGCCUGAACUUUGCUUGGAAAUCCAGCGAGGGAGAGCCAAACAAAAACAAAUAGAACCAAACCAACCAGCCAGCAGUUUCCUGUGAGUUCUCCCUUCCCUUUGAAACAUCGGACUUUUCUCUAUUCCCCGAAGUCCCCUCGGUUUUCAAUAAAGGUGUUCCGUGGCUGCGUGGUGUGGUUACUGAACGGGUGUGCUGAGAGCGGCCGAUGGGGCGGGGGGCAUCGCUCAGCUGAUUCCCAUCUGGGAAAGGGGAGCAGCAGGAAUAACCCCAGCCCUGUAGGGCUGCACGGAGAGAAUCGCCCCGGCUGUUUGUAGCCGCCAUUCCUCCGCAGCUCCAGGUGAGGGAAACCUGCAGGCUUCCCCUGCACGACUUUCGCUCUCGUUUCCUCUCCUCUUGCAACAGCCUUGAGCUCUGCGCUGCAGCCGCCAUCCGCGCUCGUUUCUCCUUUCCCUUUCUGCCGGGGAAACGGAUUUAAUUUCCAGGGUCGGGGCGCGCGUUUCUCAACGUGCUCAGGCUGAUGAAAUGAAAACGUCCUCGUCUCGAACCCUCCUCUUUCUUCCCCGCUAUAACUAAAGUUAUAACCGCGCCUUGAAAUCAAAUCGCGUUUAAAACCAAAGCCGCUCCUUGCUAAUAACCUCAGCAGCAAAUCCGUACAAAACACGAACCGGCUGGGGAAAUCGCCGUCCCGUGCGGGAUGCGCACCGAGACCUGCAGAUAACGGGGUGUUUGGGUACAAAAAAGGGCUGAGAUCGAGGCAGAGGAAGGAAAGGCUCAGAGCAAAGUGGCUCCUCGCAGACUGGCUGCAGCACUGCGAUGGGAUGCGGCGUCUGAACGGCGUGGGUGAGAGUUUGGGAAGAGGUCACGGUGCGCUCGGGGAGGGGAGGCGGUCCUGGGAAGAAGGCAGCGCUGCGGAGCCGCCGCGUGUUCCUGUUGCUGAGGUUUGCUCCCAGGAUCAGUGAAACGAGGUUGUGCUCCUGUCCUAUUCAGUGAGCACUGCGGGUUUUGCCCUGCCAUGCCUUUGUGCCCCCCCAAGGGUAGAAGGAGGCUGUUUGGAAGUGGCUUUUUUUCUUUCUUUUUUUCUUUCACACAUUACAUCCUUGCUUGGGAAAUGCCGGGCGGAAAGGCUUGCAGGAAAUAAUCGAUCUUGGUGGUUCUCCUGUAUUGCAAGAUAUUGACUGCAGUCUUGAUUUUUAACGCAGGAUUCUUCUGUGUGUUUGUUUCUUAAAUGAAAUUGUUCCCUGUUAAUCUAAUUUACACUAAAGUGCUUAAUGCUUGUGGUUGUUGUCAUUAAACACAAUGUAGAUUGAUCUAUAAAAUCUCCCCAUUAACGUUUGUUUUAUGUUCAACAUUUCUCCCUCUGCUGCUUGUAACUUCUAAGGGAAGC